CUAAGAGUGUAUAACACUUCGCAGCUAGCCACAAUGUGUGUCAGAGGACCGUCUGUGCUCCCGAAGUAGAUGACUGCUCCAAAUCUGGUGUCUGAAUCAGUGACCGAGAGAUAGGAGGAGAAAUUGGUUCAGAGGUUAUCAUCCAGGACGAGGAUUGUCUGAUUGUUGGGGAGAAUGCCGGCGAUUUUAAGUAAAAACUCCGAUUUGGAGUUUGACUCCGUGCAGCCGUGUUUUUAUCCAGAUGAGGACGACUUCUACUUCUGUGGUCCCGACUCUGCGCCACCGGGGGAGGACAUCUGGAAGAAAUUCGAGUUGUUACCCACUCCGCCCCUCUCUCCAAGCCGCGCUGCGCUACCAGGAGAGCCGACGACUGUCUCCCCGGAGGUAGAUCUCCUUGGCUUCGGCUUGGGAGACCCGAUGGACUGGGCUUCCGAGCUGCUGCUCCUGCCCGAGGACGAUAUUUGGGGAGCGUCCGACGAUGGCGACCUGUUCGGUUCCGCUUUGGAUACAAACCCCGACAGCAUCAUUAUACACGACUGCAUGUGGAGCAGCUUCUCCGCCAGGGAAAAGCUGGAACGGGCCGUAACGGAGAAACUUGGCAAGGCCAUUUCUACGGCCACGACCAGCGGCAGGAGCACGUAUGUGAAAGCGCCGGAGGUGGUGAGCCGCAGCUCGGUGUCAGAGUGCGUGGACCCCACGGUGGUGUUCCCCUUCCCGGUGAACAAGAAGAGCGUCAGCACGGAAGCGUCCGGGACCGCUGACGCACCGGCUGCUCACGAGAGUGCAGCCAGUGAUUCAGAAGAAGAUGAUGAGGAUGAAGAAGAGGAAGAUGAGGAGGAAGAUGAGGAGGAGGAAGAAGAGGAGGAAGAGGAGGAGGAGGAGAUUGAUGUGGUCACGGUAGAGAAGAGGCGCUCCACAGUCAGCAAGACGUUGCCCAUGGUUGCUGGCCUCUGUACAUCUGUACAUCCCAAGAGCCAGGAUGUAAAAGGAAGUGUGUCGGGAUGCGGAGUGAUGAGCCGGUUCAUCAGCCGCGCCCCUCAGGAGCUCAUCCUGAAGAGGAGCUCGGUCCACCAGCAGCAACACAACUACGCAGCUCCUUCACCGUACGCCUCAGAUGACGACCUGAUCCCACCUCCAAAGAAGCAGAAGACAGCAGACGCACCACGCCCUCCCACCAGAACCAUCUCUUCAUCCUCUUCCUCCUCGUCCUGCAUCUCGGUCGCUGGGACACGCAGCAAGCGCAGCACCAGCGGGGACAGCAGCCCGCGCGGCAGCUCAGACUCCGAGGACAGCGAGCGCAGACGCAACCACAACAUCCUGGAGCGCCAGCGCCGCAACGACCUGCGCUCCAGCUUCCUGAUGCUGCGUGACCACGUACCAGAACUGGCACACAACGAGAAGGCGGCGAAGGUCCUAAUCCUGAAGAAAGCAACUGAUUACGUGAGCUCGCUGGAAGCAGAGGAGAUGAGGCUCCAGCAGGAGAAGGACCGGCUCCAGGCUCGCAGGCAUCAGCUGAUGCGCAGGCUGGAGCAUGCUAGGACUCGCUAACAGACAACUGCUACAACACAGAAACCCUCAUAGUACCCUGGAUGACCCUGCCGCCCCCAAACCCUCUGGCUGAACUCGCUCUGAGACACCGUGAGCUGCACGCACGGGCCUAGACGCUUAAGCACAGGCACAUGAAGCCUGCAUCUCGGAUCAGGUUUAUCCUCAGACACACUCCUGGAGACGAGGACAAGGGUGGGCUGAGAGGGGGGGCUUCCUGGAUGGACGCUUGGACUUUCACUGCCGCCACUUUUUUUGCACAUUUGUUGACGUUAAGAAUGUUUAGGGUUUACUUUUUCAAUCCAGUCACAACUGAGGAAAGUUAAAAAGAGAACGAAAGAGGAUGGAGAUGGGAGACUGUUUUUUAUAUAUAUAAAUAUAUAUACACAUAUAUAUAUAUAUUUUGGUCUACAAUUCCUCUCUUUUUUAUAUCAUUUCUAUCUGUAUAACGUUAUUUGUAUUUUUUAAAUUUGUACUCACUGUGACACCAGCCUGGAAUCCGCCGAUUCUUCACAGGGACCGGUGUUGGAGGGCACUUUGCUUGGAGAGCUCACACACGUACUUUUUUUUGCCUUCACCACUGCAGAACCGAUUCAAGAACAGACUGAUGACUGAAGGUUGGUUUAAGGAUGGUUUAUGCUUGACGCGUCCGCGAGGUCCGCACGGCUCCAUGCGGAAAAGUUGCUUCAUUUUAACAACCUCCACCGAGUCUCCGCACGGCCCAAAAUUUCCGCAACGCGCACCUAGGAGAUUUUGUAACCACGCGGACGGUUGGGCGCGGAAAAACAUGGUGGACUGGCAAGAACUAGUAUGGCAGAGGUUCGUAAAUACAGACAUUUGUAUGAUUCAGCUCUCAGAGAUCACCGUGAUCAACAUUUUGUUAAUAAUUCUUGGAGAUAAAUAGCUCGCACUGUCGGAAAAGACGAGGAAGCUGUUAAAAAUGCUGGAAUGCCAUGUUGUAAACAGUCAUUUUUACUUCUACUAUGGUGUAGUGUUAGAUGCAUGCCGUACAGCUCCAUGCUGCCCCCUACAGUUUGGGAGAAUAUUGGCUCACCGCAGAGACAAGCCGCAUGAACCAUAAACGCUGCAAGUUGUGAAGCGCGUUCCAUCCGCGAGCCGCAUCACCAAGCGGAAAGUAAAUGCGUCAAGCAUAAACCAAGCUUUAGGCGUGAUGGGUCACAUAAACAAAGCCACUACAGGUUCACUUUCCUCUCACACUGGUGAUCAAACCAAGUCAGUGGACGCAUAUCUGUGCACCUUGCUGGGCGACACUUUUGUAUAUAACACUAGUGUACAGACAAAAUACACUCAGAUCUGCCUUGUUUUGUAAAACUUUGUCGUUGUUUUAUACAUGAGUCAGGAAGCUGCCAACAACUAGACUGGAAGUUUAUAGACAUUUUUUUAAAGUACUGUAACGGCCUCAGUUUAUGAGAGUCAUAAUACUUUGUAACAUGACAAAAUAUUGUUUUUCUCUACUUUUUCUUUGUUUUGUAUCCUAUUACUAAUUCUCCACUCUUUUUUUUGCUUUUAGUGUGAUACAUACUAAAUUUAAUACUUAUAUUUUCGUAUGAAAAUGAGUUCUCAGUAGAUAUCACUUUAUGUCACUGGUUUUCUCUUCUAUCUCAAUUAAAAUGGUUUUGUACAGAAAAUAUGUCCUAUCCACACGUACCUGGUUGUUUUUUUUCUUUUGUUUAUAUUUUAUCGGGUGCAUAGAAUUGGGUAAACCGAUGUUUGUUUCUUUAAUUUUCUUUUUUUAUGUACAUUUAGUGCUGCAACUCAUAGCACUUUGAAAUACCUCAUUUUGAAAAAAUAAAUAGACGUAAAAUCCUGA